GAAACAAAACAAAAAAAUCAGAUGUUCAAUGGAGCGCAGACAGACCAACAGGAAAUUGAGAAGAAUGCCAAGAGAUCCGGAUACGAGUCGAUGGAAAAAACGCCCAACGUUUGUUUGGUAAAUUGGCGAUAAACUGCGUUUGACGAACCCAGUGUCGGCAGGUUCGAGCGAAACGAAUGGUGGGAGAGCCAACCACGUGUGAAACAGCUGUAACAGAUUUAAUCAGUGUGUAGAACAGUUUCAUGGGGAACCAUUGGUCGCGAUGCUCUCUCGGUGACAGAGGAAAGUGAAACCGUGGAAUGAAAGCUCAUGGUGAACGGUGCAGUGAAACAGUGAUCGUCAGGCAUCGCGCGCUCGCGAAAACUGGGGAAUCACAUGCUUAAACGUUUUCACGUAAGCAUCGAUCAGGUGACUGUAAAUCACCCGAAGCGUUCUCCCAAGCGUAUGCUAUACUUGCUAAUUGUCGCUCGCUGAAUCGUUAAUUGCCGGCACUAUUUCAUUGCCAUUGAAUUGAAAGGAGGCUCGCGUUUGGUUAAUGAAACGAUGCAGCUCGCAUAGUAAGAAGACACGCCGAUGGAGUAUGACCGAAGUGCCGAUCGAAACUCGAAAUCGAAGUUCUUCCAAGGUCUACCAUUCAACUCGAGUCACUCAAGCGCGCUGUACUUUCCGGUUUAUAAAUUAUGUUGCAUGAUUGUUACGAACGUUUGCUUGUAAAUGACGUUUGUUUGAAGUCGAAGGGAAGUUAAUUAAAUUGAAGGAAAUUUUUUAACGCGGAACAUUAAAAUAAUAAUACAUAUAUGUUGCUAAUAUAUUUUGAAAUCACUGUUAUAAAUGAAUUGAAACUUGAAGUUUGAAGGUGAAAUUUUGUGAGAAAUAGUGCUGGAGUAUUAUUAUAAUUAUUGUUAUUAUUAAUGCAUUGAAACUUGAAGUGUAAACUGAGAAAAAUUGUUAGUGCUGGAAUAUUAUUAUUAUUGUUAUAAAUCAACUGAGACUUGAAGUGUUUCGUUGAAGCUUGUUUGAAGAGUUCGUCAAGUUGAAAAGUAUAUUUUUCUAUAGUGCUGAAAUUUUUAUUCUCACGUUGUAAUCAUUAUUACAAACGUGUUCUGAAACUCGAGGAGGGAGAGAAGUUUGUUAAAGUGAAGAAAAAUCUCUAAUGACAUGACAGGAUUCGACUUUAAAAGAUUGUUGAAGAACAUUUCUCGACUUCCAAAUUUGAAAUAGUUCGGCUGAAAGGUCAAAGAAGGAAGGUUGAUCAAGGUGAAGAAAAUUCUUAAUGACAUGACUGGAUUCAGUUUUAAGAAAUUGUUGAAGAACAGAAUCCCUGUUCUGAAAUGGUUACCUCUGUACAAAACGAAAGAUGCAUUGGGUGAUCUAGUUGCGGGAUUGACAGUGGGUCUGACCCUAAUACCACAGGCAAUCGCGUACGCUGGAUUGGCAGGUUUAACACCGCAGUAUGGCCUUUACAGUGCGUUCGCUGGCAGUUUCGUCUACAUAAUUUUUGGUACCUGUCGAGAAGUGAAUAUCGGCCCGACUGCAUUGAUCUCUUUGCUAACGUACACGUACGCGAGAGGUAUUCCCGAGUACGCAAUCCUCCUGUGUUUUUUGUCAGGAAGCAUCACGAUAGUGCUGGGAAUCCUCCGAUUGGGUUUUCUCGUCGAGUUUGUUUCCAUACCAGUCGUCUCGGGAUUCACGUCGGCGGCCAGUCUAAUUAUCGCCUGCAGUCAAAUCAAGAGUUUGCUAGGCUUGAAGAUACACGGGGAGAGUUUCAUCGAAAUUUGGCGGGAAUUGAUCAACAACGUCCACCGAACUAGAAUCCCUGACCUGAUCUUGUCUUGCUGCUGCGUUCUAAUUCUAUUGACCCUGAAGAAACUCAAAGAUGCCAACGUCUCGAGCCGGACUUUGAAAAAAUUGAUCUGGUUCCUUGGAACUGGUAGGAACGCCCUCGUGGUAAUUCUGUGUGCUGUAGCGUCGUACAUCUUCGAAAAUCGCGGUGGGGCACCUUUCAUCCUCACAGGUCAUAUCGAUUCUGGGCUACCCUCCGUCGAUCCACCAUCUUUCUCCAGGAAUGUUGGAAACCAGACGGAAACGUUCGUCGAUAUGUGCAAAAAUUUAGGCACCGGUAUCAUCAUUGUUCCGUUGAUCUCGAUUAUUGGCAAUGUCGCCAUUGCGAAGGCAUUUUCACGAGGAGAGUCGCUCGAUGCUACUCAGGAGAUGUUAACGUUGGGCCUGUGCAACGUUGUUGGAUCGUUUUUCCAUUCAAUGCCAGUCACCGGUUCAUUUUCCAGAAGCGCAGUGAACAAUACUUCAGGCGUGAGAACGCCCUUGGGUGGCAUCUAUACAGGUAUCCUAGUUAUCCUUGCUCUAAGCUUACUCACGCCGUACUUUUAUUACAUUCCAAGAGCGACCUUGAGUUCCGUAAUAGUUUGCGCGGUGGUAUUCAUGGUCGAGGUGAAUAUUUUACGGCCGAUUUGGAAAUGUAGCAAACGAGAUCUAAUUCCGACUUGUACGACAUUCUUCGCAUGCCUGUUCGCCGGUGUCGAAUUAGGUAUUUUAAUAGGCGUGGCAAUUGAUCUGGCAAUAUUAAUUUAUUUCAACGCCAGGCCGACAAUAUAUAUCGAAUACAGAAAUGCUCCUACGUUGAACUACAUCCUCGUGCGUCCCAGCGCCGGACUGCUAUUUCCAGCGGUGGAUUACUUGAGGAUAUACCUGUUGGAGAACUUAGCUAACGAGCAUCAUAAAUUACUGAAAACCUUCAAGAACACGAAAAUUGUCGUUCUAGACUGCAAGCACAUCGAUAAAAUUGAUUUCACUGCGGCGCGUGGAUUAAAUACGGUGAUGAGAGAGUUCAAGGAAAAGAAUCAUUGCUUGAUAAUGCUACGACCCUCGAAGGAAAUCUUACGGAGCGUGCAAUCGCUCUCUGAGGAAACGAUUCACGUGGUUUAUACAGAUGCCGAGCUCGUCGCUAUUUUGAAAGAAUUCAGCACGACCAAAGCAGUCAAAGAAAGUGGUGCAGAGGUAUUAGAUAUGUCAAAUGGAACAACUAUCAAUAGCACAAGGAGCGAACUAACCAGUACGAAGCUUUAAAACAAAUUACAGAUGCUAAGAACGAAAACUACACAGAGAUAUCGAUAACUGGUUAUCUUUUAGAAUUUUUACAUAUAUUAAAUGUAUGUGACUGUCUUCUUUAGGUGAAUGUAUGUAAUUAUCCUUUUAGGUAAAUUUUUCUAUUUGUUUAUUGAAUUUAUUGAGUUUGUUCCAAUAGAAAAUUGUUUCUUGGGUCAUUUCGCGUUUGUGAAAUUAAAAAAAAAUUCCAUGUCGAGAUCUGCUUGAUCAGUUAGAUCUAAAUUAAAUUGAGAUAUCUUUAACUGGAAAUUAAAUUAAAUUAAAUUAAAUUGGAAAAUGAAAAUCAAAAAGAAUAUACCGUUUCUUUUAAUAAUUUACAUGUUUUGUAAGUGUGUAUGUCAGCUGAUACUAUAAAACUCAGUGUGAAGCACUGUGAUUAAUUAUUGCAUCCAAUAAUU